UACUUUGAGUGGUCAAGAAAAGAAAAACCUUUCUCCCGAUAAUUUUAAUCAUCGAAAAUGUAAUUGUCCAAAAUUGCUAUUUCUCGUUCUUGCUUUUAGUCCUUUAGUCUGAUUAACUAAAAAUAAAAAUCUUCCUUGACCGAUGGUCAGUAUUUUCUACCUCUCACUUUUUUUGUCUUUAAAUUCAUGCGUCGAAAUCGUUAAGGUCACUUUUUGAUUGUGAUCAUCAACCAACAAUCAAACAGAUUCAAAGAUAAAACAUUUCGUUAACACAAUAUAAGUUUAAACAGUUUGUUCAAAUCUCAUGGAAAAAUAUUAAUAAAUUGUUUCAUUUCGUUAAUUGUAUUGUUGAUAUUGAUAUGAAUUAGAACUUUACAUUUCUGUGAUUCGAAAAUUUUAAAUUUUCCCAAAAGUUACACUUUUCCCCCCUUUCUUUCAUUUGGUUCGGCAAAAUGACCUUACACUUAUCGUACUCAUUUGGUAUCUUCCAAUUGACAUUAUUGUUUUACCAAAUCUUUGAGUGUACCAACAAGGUGGAUGGUGCGAUUGAUUAUCCAGUUUCGGAAUCAGUUAAUAAUGUGAUAGAUGAUAAAUUGGAUUCAAGACAAUCUUAUCUAAUUAACGCCAAUGGUUUUCCGACAUUUAUUCCUGAUAGUUUGCGAAAUGUUGACCAACUUUAUCGCCAUGUUCAAGAAUCACACUCAUCCCCCUCAUCUUCACCUUUACAAUCAUAUUCCUCCUCCUCUGGUGAACCUUUCGGACUUAUCAUGACAACAAUAACAUCGGAAGGUAAAAGAGCAGGAAAUGGUCAGAGUAAAUCACGAAAGCUACGAAGUGGCUCAAUGCAGGAAAAGGUUCGAUACAAGGGUGGCAAAAAAUGGAAAAAAUAUCCGGAAGCUCAGUUGAAAGCGGGCGAUAUUGCCCGUCUAUUAAUGGAGAUUGCUGAACGUCGAGGUAUCUCUUACAAUAACAAGGCGAUUCGAUAUGGAUUAAGUUAGUUAUUCAUCUAAUUAUUACAAAAAUCUUGUCUCUCUCUCUCUCUCUCUCUUCAUUAAAACUCAUGAAACUUACGAAUUACUCACGAAUUACUCAUGAAAUCUCAUCGUAAUCAAAAAAAGAAAAAGUGUAUCAUGAUAAUUAAAGCGAUGCUUACUAAUCUAAGAAAUAAUAUUAGACAAUUAAAAAAUCGAUUAAAUCAAUCAUCGAAAAAUAAAAACUGUAACGUUUUUA